AUGAAUCUCGCGCUGUCCGCGGCGCUGCACAACGCCUCCGAGGGCGCGGCCGUGGGCUCGCCCUUCCUGCCGGCCAGCUUCUUCAACGCCACCUCCUGGUCUGCGGGGGCGGGCGCCAACGGCAGCGUCGCCGCCGCCCCCGACGUGGGCGACGUGCCGCAGGUGCCCGCCUACAUCCGCACCGCCUCCACCGUCGCCUGCGUCAUCAUCAUGAGCAUCGGCGUGGCGGGCAACGCCAUGGUGCCGGCCGUGAUCCUGCGCAGCCGCGACAUGCGCAACUCCACCAACAUCUUCCUGGUCAACCUCAGCGUCGCCGACCUCCUCGUGCUCCUCGUCUGCACGCCCACCGUCCUCGUCGAGGUCCACUCGCGCCCGGAAGUCUGGCUGCUCGGAGAGACCAUGUGUGAGUACGACCGCAAAGCACUUUUGCACAGCUACAGCUAUACAGCACUCCGUCUUCAGGCCACAAAAGUUGGUUGA